UUCCUGCGUCCAUCAUCCCCUCCUAUCCUUUCCUUCACCUCUUCAUCUAACUGCUCAACAUGCCUGAGUCUAAGGGCCGCGUCUUGCUUGCUUACUCUGGAGGUCUUGAUACUUCUUGUAUCCUUGCCUGGUUGAUUGAGGAAGGAUAUGAGGUCUAUGCCUUCAUGGCUGAUGUCGGCCAGGAGGAGGACUUUGUGGCUGCUGAGAAAAAAGCUCUCCUCGUUGGCGCGAAGAAAUUCUUCCUCGAGGAUCUCAGGCGUGAGUUCAUCACCGAGCUCAUCUACCCCGCUAUUCAGGCCAACGCUAUUUACGAGAACGUUUACCUUCUUGGAACUUCUCUUGCUCGUCCCGUUAUUGCCCGUGGUAUGAUUGCCGUGGCCGACCGUGAAGGUUGCGACUUCGUCUCGCACGGUUGCACUGGUAAGGGUAACGACCAAGUCCGGUUCGAGCUCGCCUUCUACGGCCUCAAGCCCGACAUCAAAGUCGUUGCCCCAUGGCGUCUUCCCGAAUUCUACAACCGCUUCCCCGGCCGUCAAGCCCUCCUCACCUACGCUGCCCAACACUCCAUCCCCGUCCAGCAAACCGCCGCCAAGCCCUGGUCAACGGACGAAAACCUCUUCCAUAUCUCCUACGAAGCCGGCAUCCUCGAAGACCCCGACACCACCCCUCCCGCCGAUAUGUGGAAGUUGACCACCUCCAUCGCCGACGCGCCCUCCACUCCCGAACGCAUCUCCAUCGCCUUCAAGGCCGGCUUGCCCACGAAGCUCUCCGUCGAGGGCGGAAAGGAGUAUACUGACUCUGUCGAGAUCUUCCUCGCGCUCAAUGCGCUGGGAAGGAAACACGGGAUCGGACGUAUCGAUAUCGUCGAGAACAGGUUCAUCGGUGUUAAGUCCCGUGGAUGCUACGAAUCGCCGGGUGCUACCAUCCUUCGUGCCGCGCAUGUCGAUCUCGAGGGAUUGACGCUCGACAGGAAUGUUAGGGCGCUGAGGGAUCAGUUCGUCACAGUCGAGUUGAGCAGGAUCUUGUAUAAUGGGCAUUUCUUCACGCCGGAGAGGGAGUUCGUGGUUAGUGCGAUUCCAGCCAGUCAGAGGACUGUGAAUGGGGUUGUUAGGCUGGCUUUGGUCAAGGGUAAUGUGGUCAUUGAGGGGAGGUCGUCGGAUGAGGGUCUCUACGAUGAGAAGCAAUCUUCGAUGGAUGAGAUGGGUGGCUUCGAGCCCACCGACACUACUGGCUUCAUCGCCAUUGAGUCCAUCAGGAUCAAAAAGUGGGCCCAAGCCAAUGCUCGCAAGGGCCUGACUGGUGUCGAGCCCAAAGACGUCUACGGCGCUCGUGUUUAAGUUUUGCCUGCGCACGUCGAAGUUGCUUCCAUCGGCGCACACCCUGCGUCAAAAAAUAUUUGGAAUUUUGAUGUAACAACUUAAAUAUAUUCUAGGAUCCACGCUUGUUGUUUGUAAAGCAUAGAACGUUGCGAAUCAAUGUUGAAUUUUGGAGAUC